AUGGAGCUACUUCGCUUUUCCGCUUUCUGGUGUGGAGCAAUACUCUGUGGUAGUAUUGUGCUCGAGCAGGCGGUUGGAAGCAAUGCCUAUAUUUUAAAAAUAAGGCGGCUGUGCAAGUUUUGCGAUGUACAAGCAACCAGCUGCGCCGGUCGAGGAAGCUGCAAGGUGGAGUGUGACAUUACUUCCAUUUGCACCAGUGACGACGACGUGUGUGUUGCCAUUUGGAGGAAGAAAGACGACAAUGUCACGUUCGACACUGUCUGCCACAACCCAGCUCACAAGCUGUACGGCCUGGUCCUGGAGGACUACAACAACAGCAAGUGUGAAAUGAAAGAAAGAAAAGGCAUGGGCUCGUCAUUCUUCAUGUGCUCCUGCUCAGAGGAUGAGUGCAACGAGAAUAUCAUCUUUAACACCUACAUGGAUUCACAGGUCGCUGUCAUCUUAGUGAGCCUGGUUCCUCUUCUGGUCAUGGCCAUUGUGGUGAUUACCUCUUUCUACUGUUACCGUGUCUACCGCCAGCGCAGAGCUAAUGCGAAACGCAAGAAAGGUGCCCCACUGGAUUUCAGUGACGCUCAUGCCAUCAUGGGGGACGAAGAAGGUUCCGACAGCAGCUCGACGCACGCCAACAACCUCAACCACAAUACCGAGUUGUUGCCCAUCGAACUGGACGUCCAGGUGGGGAAAGGUCGUUUCGCUGAAGUUUACAAAGCCAAACUUAAGCAGGGAUCCUCGGUCAGCGACGAGCAGGGUUUCGAGACGGUGGCGGUCAAGAUUUUCUCUUACGAAGAGUACGCCUCCUGGAAAAAUGAGAAGGACAUAUUCUCGGACGCUGACCUGAGGCACGAAAACGUGCUCCACUUCCUGACGGCGGAGGAAAGGAAGAUACAGAGACAGUACUGGCUGAUCACGGCGUACCAGCCAAAAGGCAACCUCCAAGAGUACUUGAGCCACAAUAUUAUUAGCUGGCAUGACUUAUGGGUACUUGGGGGAUCGCUCGCUAGGGGACUAGCUCAUCUUCACAGCGACCACUCACCUUGCGGCCGCUACAAGGUGCCGAUUGCACACAGGGAUAUUAAGAGCUCGAACAUCUUGGUGAAGAGUGACUUGAACUGCUGCCUGUGCGACUUUGGCCUCGCGCUCCGUUUGGAUAAUUCACUGUCUGUGGAUGAGUUGGCCAACAGUGGACAGGUGGGAACAGCCAGAUACAUGGCUCCUGAGGUCUUGGAGUCCAGAAUCAACCUAGAAAAUAUCGAGUCCUUCAAACAGGCCGACGUGUACUCUAUGGCGCUUGUACUGUGGGAGAUGAUCUCCAGGUGCAGCGCUAUUGGAGAGGUUAAAGAGUAUGAGCCACCUUUUGGAAACCUAAGAGAGCACCCAUGUGUAGAAAGCAUGAAGGACAGCGUGCUCCGGGACAGAGGAAGACCUGAAAUUCCUAACAGUUGGAUCAACCACACAGGCAUCCAGCUGGUUUGUUCCUCCAUAGACGACUGCUGGGACCACGACCCAGAAGCCCGUCUGACAGCCCAAUGUGUCGCCGAGCGCUUCGAAGACCUGGAGUACCUGGACAAGCUGUCCGACUGCUCUGACUCGGAGGAGAAAAUCCCGGAAGAAAUCAUCGUGGUGGAUGAAAAAUAG